AUGACCUUUCCUAAGAUUUUCAAAGUGACUAGUGAGCAGUGGAGGCGUCUCUCCGAAGACAAAAAGAGCGAGUGGCAUGCUCUGGCAAACGUGAAGAGGGAAUCCGCCAUGGGCAAAAUUACCUUGCAUAUUGCUAUCGACCCAGACGACGUGGCCGUGAUAGAUCCACGCACAACCUGGCCUCAAGGACUAGCAACAAUCCGUCCGGACGAUCAAGAUGUAACCGUUGCAGUGGACGUAUCAUCAACGCCCCUGCUUUAG